GGGGAUAGCGUGCUCGUCAAUUCUGCUCUCGAAUCAAUUAUUAAUUUUACGCUUGCAAGUAACUGGAUAAUAUCUUUAAUUUUUUUAGGUUAUUAUUUUAAUAAUUUUGCAAAAAUGGAAGAUUGGAUUUGUGAAAAUUUAUCUCAAAUUUUAGAUUUUCCAGUAACAAACGAAAUAGUACAAUAUAUGAUGCAAAUACAAAAUGAAAGAGAUUUAGAUGAUUAUAUGCGAUCUUUUUUAGAUUAUACUAAUGGAAAGCAUAGACAAUUUAUCACAGAUUUCAAGAAACAACAAGUAUAAUGCUAUUUCAGCUUUAAUUAAAGAUCAAGCUAAAUGCAAAAAAGAAGAUGAUAUGGACAGUGGAAAAAAAAGGCAAAAUGAAAAAAAAAAAGGAAAAGUAAAAUCAAAAGAAUAUAAAGAAAAUAAACAGAUACAAGAAAAUGUAAAAGUAGAAAAGCUGGAAAAAAAAAAACCUAAAUUUGAAAGUAUAUAUUCCCAAGAUGGUAAAAAUAGAGAAAUUUUAUUAAAAGGUAGAUACAAAUGUGAUUGUGAAGCAAAGAGACACACAUUAAUUAAUAAUUGUCUUAAUUGUGGUAGAAUAGUCUGUGCUCAAGAAGGAGCUGGUCCUUGUUUUUUUUGUGGAGAACUUGUAUGUUCUGAAAAAGAACAAACUAUUCUAUCUAGUAACACUAAACAAGGUGAUCAAUUAUACAAUAAAUUGAUGAAUCAAAAACCUAAUAAAAAUCUAGAAGAAUCAAUAAAACAGAGAGACAAACUUUUGGAAUAUGAUCGUAAUGGAAUACAAGGCACAAAAGUAAUUGAUGACGAAUGUGAUUAUUAUCAAUCAAAUAAUAUAUGGUUCACAGCUGAACAAAGAGAAAAAUUACGAACUUUAGAAGAACAAAAAAAUAAAAAGAAGCAUAUGUCUCAUUUAGAUAAAAAAAUUUAUGCAAUCUUAGAUUUCACAGGUAGAAUAAUUGAAGAGAAUUUAGUUGAAGAAGAUUUUGAAUUCAGUGAAGAACAGUUACAAGAUAUUUCUGAGUCAUUCAAUGAAUUUGAAAUUAGUAAUGUUUGUCCAAACAUAGAAUUUAAACAUCCAAUGUAUAUAGGAUCAAGUGUAGCUAAUCUACGAACAUCAAUAACAAAAAUUUCUUCAAAAACAAAAAACAUUAUUCAAGAUAAAGAAUAUUUAGAAAUGUCUGAUCUUGGUUUAUGUUUAAGCAUGCAUCAACCUUAUGCAUCUUUAUUAGUUUCUGGAAUAAAAAUUCAUGAAGGUCGUUCAUGGUAUUCAUCACAUAGAGGAAGAUUAUGGAUUGCUGCAACAUCCAAAACACCAACUAGAGAAGAAAUCUUGAAUGUAGAACAAUACUAUCGUGUUUUAAAAAAUGAAAAAUUAAAAUUUCCUGAAAUUUAUCCAACUAGUUGUUUAUUAGGAUGCGUAACAGUCGUUGAUGUUCUACCUCAAGAUGAAUAUAAAAAAUGUUAUCCAGAAGGAGAAAGUAAUGAUAGUCCUUAUGUUUUUAUAUGUGAAAAUUUUUUAACAUUACCAAUUAAAUUUCCAAUACAAGGAAAUCAUAAAAUUUAUAAACUUAAUCGGAAAAUUCAUCAAGCUGCUUUAAAAAUAUUAGAAAAAUUUUCUAAGAAUAUAAAAUAAAAUAUUUAUAUAUAAUAUAAAUCAAAUAUAUAUAUUAACAUAAUGCGUUUUUUGUUAUAAAUAAGAAUUGUGAAUUAUAUGAAUAAGUUAAAAAUAAUGCAUAAUA